AUGGUCCAAGAGCCACAAGUGCCCCCUGGUGCCAAGCGGGCGAAAAUUACGUUACAAGAUCAUAUCAGAAACGAUGGCGACAGGGAUUCGGACUCGGGCAGUGAACUUCAUAUUAUGGAUCACGUUACUGCGGCCGGUUCAACCGGCGAAGGACCGGGCGCAGGACUUCAAACGAUUGAGCGCAAGCGAGAAAAUAGCGUGAACGAAUCGGAAGACGGAAGCGUCGAGCCAGGAACGCCGAGUCCGAAUCAUACACCUCCCCGGACACCCGCGCUCACACCCCAGAGAGUGGACACUCCCGUUCCUGAAAAUCUUAGUUUGAGGAAAUCUGGAAGUCCUUUAAACUCGCAUGGACAGAACCAGAUGAUAAUGCAGCCGGUCGACCUCGUACAGCCGAGGCAUAUUAGCCCGCCGUCGCCGUCGACACCCUCACUCGCGGCUGCAGCAGCAGUCGCAGCGGCUGCACAUUUCUCCCCGUAUGCUCCGCUGUACGGACCAACCGCGAAUUCUUUAUAUUGCUCACCAGCGACUCUCUAUCAACACCAGCAUCACACGCAUCAUCUUCACGAGCCUCGAGAGAUCCAAAUGCAGAUGCAAAUGCAGAUGCAAAACGUUCAGCAACCAUGCGGGCUACAAAUUCAGCAGCAGCAACAGCAACAGCCGCAACAGCAACGAUCCCCCGUUGACGUUUUGCUCCGAGUCUUCCCUGGCAGACGCCGUGCUGAUGUCGAAGCUCUCCUUCAUCGGUGUAAAGGUGACGUUGUAUCAGCGAUGGAAGUUCUCGUGUGCGAGGAUUCGCUGCAGCCAAAAUCAGCAUUUUCGCCGCUCGCCGGAGCGUUGGCAUCGGCCGCUGCGGCGUCAGCAGCCUCGGCGUCGGUGACAGCCGCGUACGUAUCGCGAGCCGGUUAUUGCGGUCCAACGCCGCCGACGCGUCACAGAUUUCUCGCGGCCCCGUACACCGGCACCGGUUAUCUACCGACCGUAAUCAGACCCCCGAAUCAGAACGUUCACGCAAACGGUACUGCGGAUAAUUAUCGUGAAACGAGCCCUGACGAUGCCAGUGACAAAACUAGUUACUCCGAGUGA